AUGCUUGCAACUCCACACGCAACAAUCCUUAUUGAAGAUAUACCGCUUCCAAUGCUUGAUUCCUUUGAGGACGAAGUGGAGGAACUUGACACUACUACAGGAAUUCCUUUCAUCAAAGUCCAGGAAAUGGCUGACUUGAUGAAAAAUGGCAAGGAACUCAAAAUAUUCGAUUGUAGAUUCCCAUAUGAAUACAAGGCAGGCCACAUUGUCGGAGCUUCCAAUCUCGGAUCAAUCAAAGAGAUGGAAAAAUUCUUUAAUUCCUACGAAAAGGUCGUUAAAUCACUAGAGGUGAAAGGAAAAUCUAUCAAUGACCUAUACAUUCUCUUCCAUUGCGAAUUCUCAUCCGUUAGAGGUCCAAGCUUUGCCAAGAUAUUCAGAGAAAUGGAUAGAAUGAGAAAUUCACUUAAUUAUCCCGCACUUUCUUUUCCAAAUGUCUUCAUAAUUCAUGGAGGCUUCAAGGAAAUUUACUCUGAAAGACCAGAUUUAUGCACAGGAACAUAUCUAACAAUGCAUGAUGAUACUUAUGUUCAGAACGGUGAGCUCUCAAGGAUGAACAGAAGAUAUAAAGAAGAAAUUAGUAAUUUCAAUCGCUCUAAAGGAGGAAAACGUGUUAGAAGAUUAACUUCUAGCCAACCAAUAUUUCAUCCAUUUGUUGCUUUCUGCUUCUAA